CAGUGUUUGUCACAUCGAUAUUGUGAAUUUUGACAAUAGUUUUUCUCUUAACUGAUUUGGAAUUACAUCGCCUACCUAAGAAAGUUCAAUAUUUUUCUAACACGUUAAGGUCGAGCAAGAUGACCGAGCAAAUUAAGUUUAUAGUUAAGGAAUUGAAUACAACCUUGGGUAGGAACUAUGACUUGAUAAAAUUCGACUCUUUAGAUGAAAAGCAACUUUUGCAAGUGCUUGUGGACUUGCUCGUCAAUUUCAACGCCGGUGACAAGCUAAAUAUUCGAGAAGAUGAUCCUGAAACAGUUACGCUCCAACUGCUAGAAAUGCUGGGCAGCGUAAAGUACCGCCCUCCGCCUGGCGUUGAGCCGACACUCUUUAGGUCACAGCUGCUCGCGGGAGAUUCCAGGACCAUACAUCAUGUAUUACACUGGCUAUUGUCAAAUAAGGAACAAGUUAAAAAUACUGCGUAUCUCGCCAAGUACCUGAAAAUUCCAGAUAUUCCAGCCGACGUGGUCCGAAAUAACACAAUCCAAGAUUUAUUGGAUUUAUACCAAAAUUUAAUAGACGAAUUCAAAGAUGUUCAUAAAAGGACAAGAAUGUUGCAGAAGGAAAAUGCUUCAGAAAUCAUUAAUGAUAUCAAAGAGAUGGCCGUAGAGAGGGAUAUAGUGAUAAAGAGAUUGGAAAAUGUCCAAAUACAUUUGGUUGACGUUAGAGAUAAGGAAGAUUUAUUGAAUUUAAGCAAACUUUUGCGAAUGCAACAGGAACGGGAAAAGGAACUGGAGAGUCAAUACAAUAUGCAACAGUCACAACUGAAAACAGCCUCAGAGCAACUGAAACGUUAUUUGAAUGUUAUUCACGGCCAAAGCGCCACGCCCAAGACGGUUUCAGAUGUUAUUAAACAUUUACAAGAGGAAAUUCAGUUGAACAGUUAUCUAAUGAAAGAAAAACUACCGCAAGAAAGUGCCAGCCUACAGAAAGAGUUGAAUAUCAUGCAAAACAUAGCUACAGAACAACACCCGACUCGAUCUGAUGUUAUUACAGUUCAAGAUAAGAUAGCAGCUGUCAACAGGGAAAUAGAGCAGCUUGUGCAGCGUCGACUAGCAGCUUCAGACCCUCAAGAGGACAAGCUGGCUCCGUUUCGCCAGCAAGCCACUGUCAUACGACGCAACAAGGAGGCCAGCGCGGCCCGCGUCCAUGAGCUAACCGCUACUUUGAAAGAUCAUGAGGCUACAUUGGCCGACCUGCGUUCCCAGGUAAAACAACUUCUUGGCGACAUCGUUCUCAGAGGAGAAGAGUUGAAAAAGUACGUCAACACCCUACGAACUAAAAGCACUCUUUACAAAAGGCAAAGAGCUAACCUUUCAAUGUUUAAGGUAGAAGCUGGUAUACUUACAAGAACAUUACACAUUUUAAACACAAAUGAUCCUACCAUCGAAAUGGCUCUUGUGAAUCAUAAGAAAAUGAAAAUUGAUGACGAGAAUAUUUUAGAAACAAGCCAGGACAAAACUGCGGAAAUUGCUAAAAAAUCAUUGCACGAUCUUUCUCAGCUUGUGGCACAAACUGCUCAAAAACUAUCUCAAGUCCGCCAAGAAAUACAACCUUUGGCAGAUAAAGUGAAACCUAUCAAAAAGGAGUUCCAAGAAGUACAACAACAGUAUGAACAAAAGAAGAGAGUGUACGAAGCAACCUCUAUUAAUAUAUCGUCACAGAUGGAGCCAUUGAAAAAUCGCGUCAAAGAAUUGACCGACCAGUUGAAUAGUAAGGAGGACGAGUGGAAAAACUUGAGGCAAAAAAUUACAAAGGCAGAAAGUUUGCAAGAAGUUGUUAUGUUCGAGAUGAAAAACUCUAUGCAAUCGCCGAGGAAGCCGUCAAAAAUGGAAGCGCUGAAGAAAAGGGUCGCGGAUGUGGAGGAGAUUGUAAAGAAUUUGGAAGAGGAGCAGCGAACAAUAAGUUCUCGGCAAGGAGCGGUAGAAGAACAGACUCGACUUUGGCAGAACACGUUACAGCUGUUGCGUUGCAAACUCAAGGCGCGGGAGGAGCCUGCGCCACAGGGCCGAAUGCACAUCACCCAACAAACCCAAAUGUUGACUCUUACUUAAAUAUCUAAUAAGGUUUUUACGUUUAUUACGCACAGAAUGUAACUCACACGCGCAAAAAUCCUACUAAUAUUAUAAACGCGAAAGUUUGUAU